AUAUAGAUCAUGUGAAAGACGGGAGUAGAAGAAAAAAGAAAAAGAGCGAGGUAAAAGAAAUGGCAGACAUAGGCAAAGGAACCUCAGUCGCUGGCUGCAACGAUCGCUGUGGCUGCCCAUCUCCCUGUCCAGGUGGAGAAUCCUGCAGGUGCAGGAUGAGCGCAGCAUCUGGUGGGGAUCAAGAACACAACAUGUGCCCGUGUGGGGAGCACUGCGGCUGCAACCCUUGCACAUGCUCCAAGACCCAGACGUCCGCUAAGGGCGGCAAGGCCUUUUGCACCUGUGGGGAGGGUUGCACCUGCGCCUCUUGUGCCGCUUAGACCAUGUUUAUAGCAUACAUGUAUAAUAGGGUACGAGCUAGUCGAUUAGGUCCCAGUCUCUGGAAUAAAACUGUGUUUGCCAGGUC